GCGUGAUUUGAAGAUUGAAAGAUUAUUUAGCAGUGGAGUGAUGGCUUGUGCCGAUAUUUGGCAUGAUGCUAGCUUAAAUGAGAGAAUAGGAAAUAAGCUAAACUUUUGUUGCUCUUUAAUGACUGUCAUGAUACUCAUACUUAUACCAACUCUCCCUGAUUAUACUGCUUGACCGGGAAAGUGUUUCCUUUCUGUUGUUCUAUGAGCGCGGUUUUGAAAGACACCAUACAUGACAACGGGACGCAAAUCAAUAAAUCGAUUUGGUGAGCAAAGACUUGUAUUUUUUGACAGUAAAAAGACCAUUACAUUGAUCCAAUGCACUACCAAGGCAGCCAGAGAAGAUGAAUAUCGAUGUGCUCGCUAGAAUUCGUCCGCCACAGAGAGGAGAGGGUGCACACAAUCUUAAAAUCCAAGGAAGCAAAAUCAAGCAAGAUGAGACAAAUGCCUCGCAUACAUUCCAUGCCAUCUUUGAUGAUGACAGCACCACUGAUACAAUCUACCAAGAAUCGGUGUCUUCUAUGGUUGAUCUCAUGGUGGCGGGCUUCAACUGUAGUUUGCUGAGCAUCGGAGAGAGCGGAUCUGGGAAGAGCCACACCCUUCUUGGUGAUGGGAAGUCGAGACUGGGCGUGGUCCACAUGGCUGUGAGGGGGGUCUUUGAUCAAUUAGGGGACACCAGAGAGAGGGCUAGCAGGAAUGAUAGCCUUAUGAAUGGCCAAGUUACUCUCAGCAUGUAUGAGGUAUACAAUGAGAUUGUGAGAGAUCUUCUCAAGCCGACGGAAGGAACACCCAACGGAGGAGGACCUAGUGAGCUGACGGUCAAUGCAAAGAAAUGGGUUCAUGUCAAGGAAUUGACUCAGUCUACACUGAGAACUGAGAGUGAUGCACUGUCCGAGUUGAGCCGAGGAUUGAACGAGAGGACCCAGGCAUCAACAGACUAUGGACGUAUCCAGGCCAAAGCUACUCUCUUCGUUGAGGUCACACUAAAAAUGGAGAAAGAAGAGUUUGGGUAUCCUCACGAGUCCAGGUUCCUGUUUGUAGAGCUGCCUGGCAUUGAGAAGCUGGCCUUAAACCAGCAGGAGCUUCGCAAGAAAGAGGGAGCUGUCCAGAACAGAUCUAUCUCAUCGUUCGGUCAGCUGAUCAGCAACCUCUCUACCAGGCAGAGUCCUGAUAGAGUUAUUAAUUACAGUGAGUCUAAAGUGACCAGUCUUCUAGAGAAUGCUAUUGGAGGCAACUGUAAGACCAAGGCUAUCAUGCACUUCAGUCCAAACCCUCAACCUCUGCACCUGAAGACAUCUCUCAUUGUAUCAGCUCAACUAUCUAGGAUCAACAACUUCUUCAUCAUGAAUGACAUGGCUGCUAGAGCCCUCAUCACCCAAUACCAUGCAAGGCUCAUCAGCCUCCAGGGUCAGCUUGGUGUUACCAUGACAACGGAACCAGCUAGAGAUGAUGUGACAGAGGACCAAGCCAAGUUGGCUAGAGACAAUUUGAAACUGAAGGAGGAGAACGACUACUUAAGGCGUAGACUGGAUCAGAUCCAGAGCAGGUUUGGAGACAUUGCCUCAGCUAAGACUGAUUUAUCAUCUAGACUGAUUGGCAGUGAAGAAGAGAAACUCAAGCUGUCCAAGAUGCUUGUAGAUCUGCGCAUUGAAAAUAACAAACUGAAAGAGAGAGGAGCCCAAGAGAACUUUGAACUAAAAAACAAGGUGUUAGCCCUAGAGAACCGUAUGAUCCAAGCCGAGUCUGAGAGGGAUCGACUCCUGAGGGAUUACCGCCAGAUCAGAGGCCAUUUUGAUGAGAUUGACAAGGAGAGGCAGGAUGUCGGAGAUCGCUAUGUAUACCUCAACGCAGAUUAUAAGGCAUUGGCUAAGAAAUAUGAGAGUGAGGUUGCAAGAAACCAGCAGCUUGGUCUUGAGCUGCUGAACCUGAUGAAUGCUGAAGUCACCCUGUUGAAGCAGAGAGAUAACCUAGGACUAGCUGCAGGCCAGGCUAGGAAUGCAGGCAGUGAUGAUCUCUCUAGGGUUAGGGACAUUGCUCUAGGGCUAUCAGCUGAAAGACAAAAGGUUGCUGCAACUGACAGUGAUAGACAUGAUCUAAGACAACAUCUGUUUGGGAACCAGGAUAGAUUCCGUGGUGAGAUUGAUCAAAUGAAGAGUCAUUACGACAAUGAACAAGACAAACUACAAGGCAUCAUUUCUCAGUUAAACCAAGACGUCCAGAAUAUGAGGCAGGCUGACAGAGAGACCCAUCGUAAGCUCACUGAAGCCGAAGUUGCAUUACUGACGCUGCGAUCCAAGUCUAAGGAACUGCAGUCUACAAAUAGUAAACUACAGCUUCAGAUGAAGGAGAAGAAUGAAGAAGUGAGAGCCAGACUUGUCAAGUACCUCCAAGAUAUUGCGGAUCACAUUGAUAAAAGUCAGAGGUCUUUAUCAAGUCAGGAUGCAGGGGACGGGCUACGAGGCCAGAUAGCUGCCAUGAUGAAGGACCUAAAGCUGACAUAUCAGGCGAGAGAAUCUCAGCUCAGCGACGCAGCGAGGGAGUACAAACGCACUGCUGAUGCGGUGGCUAAGAAACAUCAACAACUCCUUGUAGAGUACAGACUUCUGAGACAGCGGACCAUGGAGAAGCACCUUCCUGGAAUGGAGAUUGGUCCGGAAGAAGAUCAGCUGACCUUAGAUGUGGAAGAAGUGGAGUCCAUCAACAGAAGAGAACUCACUAAAGUGAUGAAACAACUCCGAGAAACAGAGACAGAACUUAACAAAAUCAGGAGAGAAGGAUCAUCUGAUGAGCACUGGAAGUCUUUGAAGGACGAGUUUCUCAGAACGCAGAAGGACCUAGAAUCUGAGAGAGCCAAUCUCCUUGCCAACAACUCUGUCUUAGAAGAACAACUCAAUGAGUGCCAGGAUUACAUACAUACACACAUGACAAGAUACAAAGAUGAGAUCCGAAGACUCCGAAGACAGCUAGGUAUGGAUGACCAGCUGGACAUGCUAGGAUUGACCGAUGACUAUGGCCAUUCAAGAUGGAGGGAUCAUAAUAGACGUGCUCAUGUACCUCAAUCCCUCCGCAAGUACCGCACUCUUCCUGAAAUAUGAUUUACUGACAUGAACAGGUAGAGAUUCUGUUGCAUGCAUGAUGGCGAUAUCAGGAAGUUCUUUUAUUGUUCACACUCACCCAUGUGUGUUGUUUUCAGUAACUUUACUUUUUUUUUUAAAGAACGUAGCAAUAAACAUUGUUGCCAAUUAUAAGAACAUUACUUGAUAAAUUUAUAGCCCUAAAAUUAAACCAUGUCCUAUACAGUAAGGGUUAAAUAAGCACUUCACAUUUCUGUAUGUUGCAACAUACAUUUAUCCACAUGUUAACAAAUCUUUAGGGUACACCACAGCGCCAGCGGUUUACUGGGGUCAUAUGUGAACAUGCCUUCCAUAAGGGUUGAAGAAUUUUUUUUUUUAAAUAACAAAUUCUCAAGCUGGAGAUCUGAAAGUUAUGGUAACAUGAGAGAGGGGACAAUUUGGCACAAUCCAAGUUCCUUUCAAAUUUUUAAGUUUUAUAAAUAAAAUAAUAAUCAUCUUUUGAUGGCAUGCAAACAUGAAGUUGUAAAUUGUUCUUUGUAUAUAUACAUGUACAUGCAUAUCCAUACUGUAAUACAUUUAUUGAAUCUAUAGUUGGACAACUAGUUCAUCUGUUUUCAGAAAUCUGUUUUACUCUUUGUUUGAAUGUGGAACAAAGUCCCUUCUAUGUACUUGGAUGUAUGAUAAAGGGCAAAUACUUUGUUUGCCAAUGUAUAUGCAUCAAACUGUGCAUGAUGUACUACAUCUAAAAAAAAAUUACUGCUCUGAUUUUACUGUGUGCAUAUAUAAAAGGGAGCUGAAAUGGAUCAUUUCAUUAUAUUUUGUAUGGGUAUUUAUCACUAAUAUGGAAAGUAGUUUACAUUACUCUGGGACCAUGCCCUAUUCCGUCCAUAUUACCGGUACUUCCAAUGUGGUGUGAAAAAGUAUCAAAAAUGUAGUUUAAUUGUCUUCAUAUUACAUUAUGUUGAAAUUGAUGUGCUGUCCUCUUUGAGGGCAUAUAUUUCCACAAAUCUCUAGGAAAAAGAACAAAUUGUUCAUGAAAUUAUUGUAAUUCAAGCUGAAAUCCAACUUUUUUUUUAAUAUCAAUGAAUGUUAGAGUCUUUCAGGAAGCAAAGGACCAAAUAUAUGUAACAAACCAAUAUUUGAUUCUACACUUUACCUCUACUCUAUAUUAAAGCCUAUUUAUUCAAUAAUUGAAUUGAAUUGAAUUGAAUAUUAUGUUUUGAAAGAAAACUGUGCUAGUAAAGAUUAAUAUUAGAAAGCAGUUUGCACCUUUUUUUUUUGGGGGGGGGGGGGAGUGGGUGGUAAUGGGGUGGGGGAAGAAGUAAUUUUUCAAGACAAGUCUUUCAUUUCAAAGUUUGUGAUAUGUAUAUUUGUAUAUAGUAUAGAUUAUAACUAAUAAAUAUGAACAUGUGUAUUUUCAACACAUUAACAAAUUGAUAAACAAAUUUGAAAUAAAUUAUACAUAUGUAGCGAACUUA